UCAAUGAUUCAUAUAUAAAAACUAGCUUUUUCACACAGUAUAGUUAAGCAAUGUGGUUAACUAACUUAUGAUGGUCUAAUGAAUUUUUCUUUUUUGGUAGUUACUAGUUUAGCUGUACUAGUGAAGUAGUAGCCAAAGCUUUAUUUUUUUUCUUAGUCGCGUUGAAAAUUUUAUCGGUCCCUUUGUUAAACAAAAAAAACAAGUCCUCUUUCUUCUUCGUCUUCAUCUUCAUCUGGGGGGAUUCAUCUCUCUUUCUUUCUCUGUAUCAAUUCAUUUAAAGAACCAUUCGCUUCUGACCUCUUCAACGGGGAAACAGCAAAACUCAUGCGAUUCUGAAAACUAAUCUCUUCUCUCUCUCUCUCUCCCAAUAUAAAAAAGAGCGGUUUCAAAUCUUUGGGUUUUUUUUGUGAGCUGGUCUAGUUGGUGCUGGCUCCGUCAAGAUUUUUGAUUUCUUAAGCUUUGUAAGAAAUGGGAUGCUUUGCAUCAACGCCGAAAGAAACUGGUGGGAACAGAAGAAAGCCAACAAGCAUCGGUGAGGUUUCAGUAUAUGUACCUGGUUUAAGGAUACCGAGAGCUGUGGAUUUUUUGCAGUCCAUUGGCGAUCAGUUACCCAAGGCUCUAUUGGAACGCUUGACGGCUUUAAGAACACGUAUAGUAGUGAUGGCUAAUCAAGAAGGACCUACUAUAACAAGAACUAGGAGAAAAACACAACAUGGUUCAACGCUCUCGGAUCUCCAUCAAGCUUUGGUAGACUAUCUACCUGUUCUCUUGGGAUUAAGUAAAGAUGGUAGCCAUCUACAGUUUAAAGUACCAUUCAAUUGGGUAAAUCAGGAGGAUGAGGAAGAGGAAACAGAGAUGUCAAACGUUUGGUAUGAGGUUUUAUCCGUUUUGCAUCUAAUGGCAAUGCUACAAAUGUCUCAAGCCAAUUUACUGCUUCUUCCUAGAGGUUCUAGUGAUGGUCACAACCAUCCAAAAGUAUCAGAAGAAAACAGACGAGCUUCGAUUGAUAUCUUCUUAAAAGCAGCUGGAUAUCUUGAUUGUGCUGUUAAGAAUGUUCUUCCUCAGUUUUCUGCUGAACAAAGGAGAAUUUUACCGGUUGACUUAGGGGAAGGAGUUCUACGGGCCCUUUGCUUGCAGGCACUUGGCCAGGGUGUUGAUAUCCAACUUGGCAUGGCGAUUGAUAGCUCGAAGGCCACUCUUGCAGUGAAACGAAGACUUUCAUGUGAAAUGGUGAAAUAUUGGCAGCAAGCACAAGAUAAUCUAAUGAAUCUUCCAUUAGCAAAUGGUUGGGGAGAAAAGCAUGGACUCUUUGUUAAGUGGAAGUAUGUUGAAGCUAAGGCUGCGGCUUACUACUAUCACGGUUUGAUUCUUGAUGAAGGAAACACAGAGAAAUCACAUGGCAUGGCAGUUGCUGCUUUGCAAGCCGCAGAUGAAUGUUUCAAAGAAAGUAAGAAAGCAUCCGAAGCAUUCAACGCCUCUUCACCUACUUCAAGAACACCGCCGCUUUUUGGAACGAUGAAGUAUCUAACCGAGAAAAUCCCGAAAGACACUUCAAGUAAAGUCAGGAUAAACCGUGAUCUAUACUCUUAUGAAAAAAUCAUGGAGACAGCACCGACACUUCCUGAUUUCGCAUUGGCAUUGAAACCAGAUGAAUAUCAACUUCCUCUCGUUGAAGCUUCGUAGUCUGAAGAUGUGCAAAGUGCUUCAAACCAAGUUUACGAGAGCAAUCGAGGAAUAGAGAUGUGUAAACCUUAUAGAGCCAAAAAAAAUCAAGUGGUUUCCAAUGGCUGCCUGCAAAAUUACGAUGAUCUGAUCUCUGUUGUGUGUGAGAUAAGGACAACAAAAAAACUUGUCAAAUUGGGUUUGGAUCAGUUUACAUGAGAGAGAUCUUUGUAUGUUAGUAUAUUUUUUCAAUAAAGUAAAAUUUUUUUCCAUUUCCAA